GUUUUCCCUAAAAGAAGCCAUUUUUAACGACCAGACAGAGAAUCUCAGGUCUGGUCCCUCAGUCAAAGGUCGGCUCAAAAUCUGUUUCCGAAUACCGUUUUUGCAAUUCAUUUUCCUUUUCGGUUCGUAUUUUUCUUUUCUCUUCGGUUUUGCCAAGUUUUAUAAUAUUCCACUACUCGAUUAAAACCCUUUUGUCUCUUCUGCUGAUUUCAAAUGGCAUUAUUGUUCUUCUACCUCCUCCUCCUCCGUUUCCUCUCUUCUUGAGCGAGAACAAAGGGGAUUUCUCAAAUGGGUUUCCGAUUUAUCUGAUCCUCCAUUCGUCUCCUUGGUGGGUUUUCGCUGGCAUCCCCAAAACAUGACGUCGUUGACUUGCCACAACCUCGAUUUCGUCGGAAGUUCGAAGGCGUUUUCGUAUCUCAGUGGUGGAAGUAGAAGAAGCUCGGGUGGUCUGAACCUGAUUUGCUUUAGAAAAGAUGGUCGUAGUAGCUACUGUUCGUUCUCCCCAGAGAGGGUCACCGCCGGAUUUGAUCAAAGUGGUGUACUGAAUAUGAAGAAAGAAGGAAAGAAGCCGAUUUCUUUGUCGAAUUCGUUUGAGGUUGUGGCCAAUGACUUGAGGAAUCUGAACCAGAAUCUUCUUGAUAUUGUCAGUGCAGAAAACCCGGUUUUGAUGUCAGCGGCCGAGCAGAUUUUCGGGGCAGGUGGCAAGAGAAUAAGACCGGCUCUUGUUUUCAUGGUUGCCCGAGCCACCGCAGAAUUAUCCGGGCUGGAGGAACUCACCCAGAAACACCAGCGUUUGGCUGAGAUCAUAGAAAUGAUCCAUACUGCUAGUUUGAUUCAUGACGAUGUUUUGGACGAAAGUGAUAUGAGACGAGGCAAGGAAACUGUGCACCAACUCUAUGGUACACGGGUGGCUGUCCUGGCAGGCGAUUUCCUGUUUGCUCACUCUUGCUGGCACCUUGCAAAUCUCGAGAAUUUCGAAGUCAUUAAACUCAUUAGCCAGGUUAUCAAGGAUUUCGCUAGCGGGGAGAUAAAGCAAGCGACUAGAUCUUUCGACUGUGACCUCGAGCUUGAAGAGUACUUACUCAAGAGCUACUACAAGACGGCCUCCUUAGUCGCUGCCAGCACAAAAGGAGCCUCAAUCUUCAGCUGGGCUGAUCAGAAUAUCGUAGAACAGAUGUUCCAGUUCGGUAAAAACCUCGGUCUUUCCUUCCAGAUCGUCGAUGACAUACUGGAUUUCACUCAAUCCUCCAAACAGCUGGGAAAACCGGCCGGUAGCGAUCUUGCGAAAGGCAACAUAACCGCACCCGUGAUUUUUGCUCUCGAGGAAGAGCCGAAGCUAAGGCAAAUGAUUGAAUCAGAGUUCUGUGAAGAAGGUUCACUGGACAACGCCAUUGAAAUGGUCAGGAAAUCUGGUGGAAUCGAGAAAGCUCACGACUUGGCUGCAGAGAAAGCUGUUCUUGCCAUCCAAAACCUUCAUUCUCUUCCUCAGACUGCAUACAGGUUGGCCCUUGAGGAGAUUGUGAUGUUUAAUCUCGAAAGAAUUGAUUAGUUUCCGAUUUUUUGGUUUCGGUUUUCAUCUCUGAGUAAAAUUCAAAGGUUGGAUCUUUUCCCCAAAAGGGUCUCAGUGAAAAGCUUUAAAGUUCAAACUUUUGCUUCAGAACAAUGGAUGGUUUCUGCUCUGUAUUUAUAGGUGUAUUUAUGUGUAUUGAUAUUUUCAAAUACAGAUUGUUUCAUCUGUAAACAAGAAAAACCCAGUUUUUAUA